UUGCACCCUUCGCGCACGAUGGAGAACACCAGCGCGGUGGACAACGACACGCUUUCAUCCGUCGGUUUGACGCCUUUUUUCAACUUCGCGGAAAAUGACACAAACGUCACCCAGGCUUCAGACAGCUACCCCCAGGACCUGGCCAGCGCCGGAUUAAGCGUCACCGGGGACCCCGUGUCUCUGCUGGCCAGCACUUUCAGGACUACCGCCGCCGGUAACUUCCUGGCGGUGACCCCCUCGACUCCCGUCGCUGCCGCCGCGCAACUCGCGGUCGCCUUCUGGGACUCCCCGCUCAGCCACGGGAUCAACGUGUUCGUGGGCGUCGUCCUGUGCUUCACCAUGCUGGGUCUGGGCUGCACAGUGGAGCUCAGCCAGCUGGGCGAGCACAUCCGGAGACCCAUCGGGGUCCUGCUGGCGCUGGUGUGCCAGUUCGUCAUCAUGCCGCUCGUUGCGUUCCUCCUGGCGCUCAUGUUCUCGCUGAACGACGUGGCCGCGAUCGCCGUGCUGCUGUGCGGCUGCUGUCCAGGCGGAAACCUCUCCAACAUUAUGUCCCUCCUCGUGAACGGGGAGAUGAACCUCAGCAUCAUCAUGACCAUCUCGUCCACGGUCCUGGCGCUCGUGCUGAUGCCGCUGUGCCUGUGGAUUUACAGUCGCGCGUGGAUAAACACGCCGGUGGUGGACCUCAUGCCCUUCGGCGCGAUCAUCCUCACCCUCUGCAGCACUCUGAUCCCUAUCGGCGCAGGGGUCUACCUGAGGUACCGCUACAACCGGACGGCGGACAUCAUCUUAAAGGUGUCGCUGUGGUCGCUACUGGUCACCCUGGUGAUGCUGUUCAUCAUGACGGGCGCCAUGCUGGGGCCGGAGCUGCUGGCCGCCAUCCCGCCGUCUGUGUACGCCGUGGCGGUGCUCAUGCCGCUGGCGGGCUACGCCGCCGGCUACGGCCUGGCCGUGCUCUUCCGCCUGCCGCCCAACAGCCGGCGCUCCGUCUCGCUGGAGACAGGCUGCCAGAACGUGCAGCUGUGCACCGCCAUCCUGAAGCUGGCCUUCCCGCCGCAGCUGAUCGGUGGGCUGUACAUGUUCCCGCUGCUCUACGCGCUCUUCCAGGCCGCCGAGGCCGGCAUCUUUAUCCUGGCGUACCGGCUGUACCGGCAGGAGGUGCUGCACAAGCAGGAGCUGACGCGGGACGACGACGACGACGACACCGACAUCACUUACAAGACGCUGCGGGAGGAGGAGACGGGUUUCGACGCUGCCUACGGCUCGGUGACAGCGAGAGACCCCAACGCCAUCGCGCUGGAGAACCGACCGCACCCUGCUCAAGUGUAG